GGGACCCUGAAGCAGGCGGAGCAGAAUGUACCAGGGACACAUGCAGGCAGUAGGUGAGACAUUGAAGAGAAAAUGGCUCUGGCUUCAAAAAUGUGAGCUGAUCUUUUCCUUGGGGAAAGGCUCUAGGGCGGCAGAUAAGGCUGUUGCAAUGGUGAUGAAGGAGAUACCGAGGGAGGAGUCUGCCGAGGAAAAGCCCCUCCUUACUAUGAAAUCACAGCUGGUGAAUGAGCAGCAAGAAAGCAGACCCCUCCUGAGCCCUUCGAUCGAUGACUUUCUCUGCGAAACCAAAUCGGAAGCUAUCGUGAGACCCGUGACGUCGAACACAGCAGUUUUGUCCACAGGGCUGGAUCUCUUGGACUUGAGCGAGCCUGUCUCGAAAAACCAAAGCAAAGCUAAGAAGUCGGAGAAUUCCUCCAGAGGGGAAGGUUUAAAGGCUUUGACCCACCGAAAGAAGGCAGACAAUCCGGACCUUAUCAGCGUGGAUGCUGAGCAGAAAAGCCAGUCCGCCAGAGCUCCUGAAAACUCCUCAUUGGAUUUAGUCAAUAUUCAGGCGCAGCUAGAGAAAUGGGAUGAAGUGAAGUUUCACGGAGACAGGGCCAGAAAAGGCUUCCCGCCACCUGAGAGAAAACCUUCAUCUUCUAGAGCUCCGUCGAAAGAAUUGAUCUGGUCCGCAGAGAACAAAUCCCCAUCAGAAGCAGCUGGCGUCAAGGCUACGGUGGAGCCUGAUUCAGCCUCGGAUUUAGAGUUAGCACCUGCACCAAAGGCACGAUCUACCAAAGAGAAACGCUGGGGGAGCACCCUUCUCUCACGAAACCAUUCCAUGGAAGAGGAAUUUGAAAGAGCCAAAGCAGCAGUUGAGUCAGACACAGAGUUUUGGGAUAAGAUGCAAGCAGAGUGGGAAGAAAUGGCUCGCAGGAACUGGAUUACAGAUGGCCAAGAAGCACCUGGCCAGAUAGCCAUCUCCAUCAAUGAGAAGGGCUAUUAUUUUCAUACCGAAAACCCUUUCAAAGACUGGCCGGGCGCUUUUGAAGAAGGCCUGAAGAAGCUGAAAGAAGGGGACCUGCCACUCACCAUUUUGUAUCUGGAGGCGGCCAUUUUGCAAGACCCUCAUGACGCCGAGGCCUGGCAGUAUCUUGGUAUAACCCAAGCUGAGAACGAAAAUGAGCAAGGAGCCAUUGUAGCACUCCAGAGGUGCUUAGAGCUUCAGCCGAACAACCUGAAAGCCCUCAUGGCCUUGGCAGUGAGCUUCACCAACACGGGGCACCAGCAGGAAGCCUACGAAGCGCUUCGGAACUGGAUCAAGCAGAACCCGAGGUACAAGUACUUGGCCAGGAGCAAGAAAGGGUCCCCAGCGCUGACCAGGAGAAUGUCCAAGGCAUCAGAGGAAAGUUCCUUGCUGGAAGAAGUGAAGGAACUGUACCUGGAAGCAGCUCACCAGAACGGCGAGAUGAUAGAUGCCGACUUACAGACAGGCCUCGGAGUGCUCUUCCAUCUGAGCGGGGAGUUUAACAGAGCCAUAGACGCUUUUAGCGCGGCCCUCACUGUCCGGCCAGAGGAUUAUUCAUUGUGGAACCGUCUAGGUGCCACCCUAGCAAACGGGGAUCGGAGCGAGGAAGCUGUGGAGGCCUACACGAGAGCUUUGGAAAUCCAGCCUGGCUUCAUCCGGUCCAGGUACAAUUUAGGAAUCAGCUGCAUCAACCUAGGAGCCUACAGAGAGGCCGUCAGCAAUUUUCUCACAGCCCUCAAUUUGCAACGAAAGAGCCGGAAUCAGCAGCAAGUCCCUCACCCUGCAAUUUCAGGUAAUAUCUGGGCAGCUUUGCGAAUCGCUUUGUCUAUGAUGGACCAGCCGGAACUUUUUCAAGCUGCUAACCUGGGCGACCUGGAUGUUCUAUUAAGAGCUUUCAGUAUCGAUCCCUAA